AUGGCCCUGGACAGCACGUGGGCCCCGCAGACGGCAGUCAUGGGGGAUGGACCCGACGAGAGAAAGGGUGAACAGGCCCCUGUGACCCCCCAGGCCCUCCAGACUGCCUCCCUGAAGGAAGGACCCGCGAAGCGUGCAGUGUGGGUUCGCCGUACCUGUUCAAAGCCCGAAGAACCCACUCAGUCGGCAGAAGUCAAGGAGAAGCCCAAGGUAAAGGUGACCAAGGCUGUGGUCGUGGACCUUGGCACUGGCUACUGUAAGUGUGGUUUUGCCGGGCUGCCAAAGCCCAGCCACAGGAUCUCAUCGACCGUGGGCAAGCCCUACAUGGAGACCGCCAAAACAGGGGACAACCGCAAAGAGACGUUCGUGGGGCAGGAGCUCCUCCAUCCGGAGGUUCGCCUCAGGUUAAUCAAUCCUCUGCGGCACGGCAUCAUUGUGGACUGGGAUUCUGUGCAAACGAUCUGGGAAUAUCUCUUCCAGCAAGAGAUGAAGAUUGCCCCCGAGGAGCACGCGGUCUUGGUGUCGGACCCACCCCUGAGCCCGCACACGAACAGAGAGCGGUAUGCGGAGAUGCUGUUUGAGACCUUCGGCACACCUGCGAUGCACAUCGCCUACCAGUCCCGCCUGUCCAUGUACUCCUACGGCAGGACCUCCGGCCUGGUCGUGGAGGUCGGCCACGGCGUGUCCUACGUGGUCCCCAUCUAUGAAGGCUAUCCUUUGCCCAGCAUCACGGGACGGCUGGACUAUGCAGGCUCGGACCUGACAGCCUACUUGAUGGACCUGAUGAACAAUUCUGGGAAACACUUCACAGAGGCCCAGAUAGGCACCGUGGAGGACAUCAAGAAGACAUGCUGCUUCGUGGCCCUGGACCCCAUGGAAGAGAAGAAGGUCCCAGCUACUGCGCACAUGACCCAGUACACUCUGCCAGACGGGCAGGAGAUAAGCCUGGGCCAGGAGAGGUUCCUCUGCUCAGAGAUGUUCUUCAAGCCGUCUCUGAUCAAGUCCAUGCAGUUGGGCCUCCACACCCAGACAGUGUCCUGCCUCAACAAGUGUGACAUUGCCCUCAAACGGGACAUCAUGGGGAACAUUCUGCUCUGCGGGGGCAGCACUAUGCUCAGCGGUUUCCCUAACCGUCUGCAGAAGGAGCUGAGCGACCUGUGUCCCAAUGACAGCCCCCAGAUCAACGUGCUGCCUGGAAGAGACACUGCGGUGUGGACGGGUGGCUCCAUCCUGGCCUCGCUUCAGGGCUUCCAAGCACUGUGGGUCCACCGCUUUGAGUACGAGGAACACGGGCCUUUCUUCCUCUACAGAAGGUGCUUCUAA